AUGGACGGUCUUAAAGAUUUGGUUGCUCCUAAAACACUCCACUGGAUCAGUUAUGUGGCCAAUAUCUGUUGGAUUGUGCUCGGAAUUAUCCUAUUAGCAAUCUUUGCAGACACUGAAAACAACGAACCGAGAUUUGACUUUCGCUGUGGCUCAAAUGGCGACAAGGAACUCAUUCGUGGAAAGUGUUACGAACAGUACGAAAACCAAUACAACAAAUUCCCUGUUUAUGGAUUCGUAAUUAUUAACUUCAUUGUUACUGUAAGUGUUUGUGGAAUAUACUCACAAGCGGUGAAGUCGAGAGUUGAGGAAUUCGAACCCGACAAGAAUCAAGAUAACGUAGAAACGCAGACUCAACCAAGGAACAAUAACUUAAGCGGAAAAAAGCUAUUCAAAGCGUACUGUUUGCAACUUCUUGCCAGAUUUGUUCUCGGGAUUUCUUUUGUCCUCCUGCAGACCAAAUUACUUUUUCCUCUCAGCUUUCCCUCGAACUUUAACUGUAACUUGACGAGAGACGGGAAGUUUUCAGACAUCACGGCUAGUGGGUCUCGCAACGGAACACAAACACAAACGUCAUACGAAUGUCAUAAUCAACGAGCAGCUAAGAAGACCUUCUGGGCUGAUAUCGUGAUCGUUGUAACUGGAACGUUCGCAUUUCUUGUUUUUGUCGAGUCUCUUUAUUUGAUAUCGCGUGCAAAAAAAGUAGAAAGAUUCACGGAGGACCCGAGAUUUCAUAAAUAUUAUUUGAUUUCGAAUAAGCCAACUCCCCCUAAGAAAGAACAAGGGAAAAAGUUGGUACUAACUAUUCCCAAUUUUGACGACGAUCACACCGAACUUUCAUCUACCGUUCCCCUUGUUUUGCAUGUGUCAAUCAACCCGCGCACUCCAACAACAUCACCUACCUUGCCAGAAACGCAACAAGGACCCGAACAACCAUCAGACGCGGCAUCACUCGCAGCACCACUUGACUUGUCAAUCAACCACACUCAAAGAACAAACGAAGAAACAGUAGUAGCUCCUUCCAUUGAACAAAUGAAGAAACAUGUCCGAGAAGUCACCAAACAACCUUACAAAGACCUUAAAUCACCUUUUGAUGAUCCAGGCGAAGGAAGAGGUCUAAAGCUUGACGAAAUCUUCACGAACUUGAUUUUUUAUGAGGGGAGAGUUGACUACAACUUUUCUGGAGACAGAGGGGAACAACUUCAAGAGUACCACAAAGCCAAUGAAAAAUUGCGACCAAAACGGCCAGGAGAUAUUUUCGAUGCUGAAAAGCGGAAGAUUCUUGUUGUCGGUCGUCCUGGGAUUGGAAAAACUAUGUUAAGCACAAAGAUUCUUUCAAAACACAAAAAUCACAAAUAGAUUUUAAAGUCGCUUUUCUAGUUAAGUUGAGGAUGUUCAACUCUACAGACAAAAAAGAACUAAAUCUUCGCGAGCUUCUGGAUCACUCAGAGUAUUCAACAGCUCUAUCUGAAGAGGCCUGGAGCUACAUCCGUAACAACCCAAAGCGAGUACUGAUUAUUUUUGAUGGAUUUGAUGAAUAUUCUGGGAAGAGUGAAUUUAAUAAGGAUGACGUUCCGUACAGAAACAGUGAAGAAGAGAAGAUGCCUGUCCAUUUCCUGCUGAAGAAAAUAGUAUCGGGAAAAAUUGUUACCGGCGCGACAGUCUUAAUGACUACAAGGCCUAAUGCCGUGCCAUGUAUCAGAAGUCUUGACUUUAAUAGAACCGUUGAAAUUCUGGGAUUUACAACUGGCCAAGUGGAAGAUUAUGUAGAGAAGUUUUCAAAGCAGGAGGACAAAGCAGAAACCAUAAAGCAACACAUUACAAGUAACUCAAACCUUCUAGCCUUCUGCUACAUCCCUGUGAAUUGUUACAUCAUUUGUUCGUGCUUGUUACAGUUGCUUCGUAACACUACUGGCUUUACUAGCCUCCCGACAAGACUGACAGAAAUAUACUCAGUUGCAAUAAAGAUGUUCUACUUUUGUUACGAUGAUAAUCAAUAUCGCCACGAUAAAGCCGAAGGUCAACCAUUUAUUCUAAAGAAGUUUAAGGAACUUUCUUCCGAUGUGCAAGAUGUGUUUGCACGUCUGGGAAAAAUUGCCUUCGAUGGAAUUAAAGAGGGAAGACUAAUUUUUGAAUCACACGAAGUGGAGAACCUAGCGAGUAAUGGCUUGUUCCACCGUUUACCUGAUAGUUUUAGCGGUUUAACGGAAGGACGAGCACAAUAUUGUUUUUUACACCUGACGAUACAGGAGUUCUUGGCGGCGAAGCAUUUGGUGGACACGUACAGUUCCGAAGACCUGCAGAAGUUUGUUUCCGAUCACAUCCAGGAUGGCGCGUGGAAGGUUGUGAUGCAGUUUGUGGCUGGACUGCUGGCUGAAAAAGAAGGACCAUCAACAGAUAUUUUCAGCGACCUUCUUCCCUCAAAAACUUUUACUUAUGAAGUUGACAUCAAGAUGAAUGAAGAUUCAGAGGAACGAACUGAAACACUGACCCGUUGGCCAGCUCGUGAAGACAGGUUUUUAGUGGUGACGCUAUUCAAUUGCAUGUAUGAGAACAAAGCCUCUGAUCGAGAAGUUCAAAAGAAACUGGCGAAAAUUGGUUGUAACGCGCUUGAUUUUAAUAGGUGUAACCUGUCACCUCUUGACUGUUUAGCAUUAGCGCAUGCACUUAAAUCUGUUGAAGGAAUUUUGGUUUUUGAUUUAGUCGGCAACAACCUUCAGUCGCUAGGAUGUAUUGAGAUUGCGAAGUUGUUACCUGGCAACCAACACAAUCAGGGUUUUUGCGAACUAAAAAGAUUAAACCUCCAGGGUAACAGCAUAACUGAUGAAGCAGUUAAAUAUUUAUCUACAGCACUCACACACACUAACUGCAAACUAAACAGCUUAAACUUUUUCCGUAACAACAUAACUGAUGAAGGAGUUGAACAUUUAGCUACAGCACUCACACACACUAACUUCAAACUAAACAGCUUAUACCUCACUAAUAACAACAUAACUGAUGAAGGAGUGAAACAUUUAUCUAUAGCACUCACACACGCUAACUGCCAACUAAACAGCUUAGACCUCCGUGGUAAUAGAAUAACCCAGGAAGGUAAAAAUCUCUUAAAC